GGGUAGUUGUCUGGUUGGUUGGCAAACAACGAGGAAACGAGUUGGAAUUUUAGGUCUCAGGUAAACAUCCACCAGAGAAAACUGUUUCGAUGUUUGAUCGAGAGUGUGACAUUAUAUGGAGAUAACAACUGUUGCAUUAGGCAUUAACACCAAAUUGAUCUCAGUGCAACAGUCAAAGAUCUCAGUACGCGGAACAGCGAGUUUCUUGCAUAGACAGUGGUAGGCUGGCUACGUGAUAGCCUAUGCUAAGCGAAUGCAUUCAUUUUAGAGUAGGCUAUCGCUUUCUAUCAUUUUCGAAAAGACGAAACAGAUCUUGACAACGCGUCUAUCGUUAGACGAAACUUCAAAUGAGAUCAUCUUUGCUCCGUUGGGAACAUGGAUCUCGGAAUGCCAUUGAGCACCGGUGGUAACAUUACCGUAACACACCAGUUUGGCCUGAGAGUGAUAGUGAAGGAAGAAGAUAUCAAAGAGGAGGAAUAUGGGCAGAUGAUUGGAUGUCCAGAUGAGGAAGGAAAGCCUUUCGCAGAGCUUCACUGUGAAACUGAAACGGACAUUACAGAAUCCAACGUUACUUGCAACGAAACAUUACAUGAAACAGUUGAGAUUGAAGUGAAGAAAGAGGAUGAGCAAGAGCACGACCUGCUGGAAAAUAGACAACCAACAGCCCUAAUUCUUGGGUGCAACUACAUUCGCAAUGGGGAGGAGAGAGCCAGGAGGUCUUUGGGGCGAAACCUGGGUGCCAAUGCCCAGGUUGAGUGGCUUGGCUUGGAUGGAAUGCGGUGGCACUCUGUUGUCCCCUGCUUCUAUGAUUGGCUGAGAGGAAAAUUCGCACCGGAUGUCCUGCUGAUUCACUGCGGUGGGAAUGACUUGGGGAAGCUCACGUCCCUGCGUCUCGUCGCAGCGAUGAAGCGGGACCUUCAGGAUCUCCAUCAGCGUUUCCCCAAUAUGCUAAUCGUCUAUUCGGCCAUCACCCAGAGACGCUGCUGGGGUUCUGUACGUCCGAAGAGAAUCGAGCGUUCUCGUAAGUGGGUGAACAGUGAAAUGGCUACCUUUGUUAUGGGUAUGAACGGGGGUAUUGUGCAUCACCGUUACAUACGCUUUUACAAGCCUGAACUGUUUCUGAGGGACACUUUUCAUUUGUCCACUUUGGGCAAUGACAUUUUUUUAAAUGCUUUUUCAGAGUGUCUGAGGACAAUAUUCCCAUAGGGUGAGACAGGAUUUUUGCUCUAGAAGCCAUUUUGCUUUAGCUCAGGCUUGUAAACCCUUAAAACUCAGGUGGCAUAUAUCCGUGCUGCUGAUGCACCCUUGAGAAAUUAACUAACUUUUACACUUUUUUCUGGAAGUGCUGCUGGUGUCAGGUUCAAGGAUCACACUUAGCUAAGCGCUUUAUGGAAACAUAUUGUAGAAGCAAUGUUAUUGUUAUUUUAAAAACAUGUAAAUGUGUCAAAGACUUAUGUGGUUGGGGGACAGCCAAUUAUGUGGUGUGUUAUAAAGACAUUGUGCAAAUCAUGUGUUGUGAUCUCGAUGUUGGAGCAAGGUUGGUGUCGUGAAGCCUUGGCGCACACGCAUUUCUGCCGAAAUAGAUGCCCGAUAAGUGCCCAAAAACUGCUACAAUAUGGCCGCUGAGUGGAGGGACUUGCCUAAAAGGACUUUGGAUUAUAGAUGAGUAAUGGUGGCAUCUUUCCAUAGACGUAAUCCAUCCAUUGACUUGUAUAUAAAUGGAGCAUCAAAAGGACUUUGUGGAGGGAUAUAUCUCUGACUAUGAUGGCAAUGGAAAAACAUUCAGUGGAAUUUAUUUAACAAUAAGUGUGUGUAUUAUUUCAAUUAGUAAAACGUUUCAUCUAUGUAUUUGUGUUUUGCCAAUAUAUA